AUGUCCUCAAUUCAUCCUAAUAAUUCGUCUAACUUAUUCCUCACCCCUUCAGCAACAACUAAUCGUCAUUUUCUUGAUGUUGACCCUCGUCGCUUGUCAAUAAUCAAUGCAGCUAAUAUGACUAGUGCUGGUGUUAGUAUACAUCAACGUCGAACAUCGAUUGUUAAUUAUUAUCAACGUCGAAAUUCUCAAUUACGUAAAGCAAGUUUUACGACUUCAACAUUGUCACUUGCAGUUACUGAUGAAGAAACAGCAGAAUUAUCAGCAACACGUUUAUCUAUAUCAAAUUCAUUAACAAGUGUUCAUAAACAAUGUGAAGAUGAAGAUAAUGAAGAAUCAAAUAAAUUAAUUGAUAUUGGUCGUGUUGCUUCAUGGGCUGUUGGUUUUGAAAAAUUGCUCAAUGAUGAAAUUGGUUUACAUGUCUUUACAGAAUUUUUAAAAAAAGAAUUUAGUCAAGAAAAUAUUCAAUUUUGGAUUGAAUGCGAAAAAUUAAAAAAAUUGUCAGAUCCAGAUGAAAUUCGUAAUAAAGCUAAUUCUAUUUGGUCAACAUAUUUACAUGAUACAGAUGAUGGUUCAUGUCGAAUCAAUAUUGAUAGUCGAACAAGACAAGAAUGUCAACAAUCAUUAUUAAAUAAUCCUAAUGCUCAUAUAUUUGAAAAGGCUCAAUCUCAGAUAUUUCAAUUGAUGAAACUUGAUUCAUAUACAAGAUUUUUAAAAUCUAAUAUGUAUAAAGAUUGUAUUAUGAGUGAAAUGGAAGGAAAACCCAUACCAUAUAUCACAAAACCACAACAAACAUCAGUUAAUAAUGAAGAACGUUCGAAAACAAUUGAUUCUCUUGGUAAAUUGAAAGAAGAAGAGAAAAAAGAUAAAAAACGAAGUCCACUUUUACCUUGGACAAAAGCAUUAAUUAAAUGGAAACGUCUAUCAGCUGCGCCAGAGACAAGCAAAAACAAAAAAAAAAAAAAAAAGAAAAUUUAUCAAAUUCUACUUUGUUUUGUUAAUUCAAAAAAUAAAAUUCUUUUAUUUGUUGAAUAUUUAAAUUUAGUUAAACGUGAUACAUCCUCAUCAUCGCCUAAUUUUCAACAUCAUCAAACUGCAAAUGCUAGUACAAAUACACCAUUAUAUGAUAAUUAUUAUUCAUCAAUAACAAAUAAAUCAGCAUUAAUAGAAUUGACACCAAUAUCAUGUUUAAAUAAAACUCCAACUACAUCAUCAUCAAUUUACCUUCAGACCCCACCAUCAUCUCCAUUAUUGACCAUUGGAAAUUUUUAUAAAAUAAAUAAAUAUUCAUCAAAUAUUAAUCAACAAGAUUCAUCAUUGUUUAAUGUUGCUUCACGUUCCGAUACAAAUCAAGAUAAUAAUGAUAAAAAAUUUAUAAUUGAACAUCCUUCAAUAUCAUCAAUAGAUUUAUCUCGUUUUUGUCGUUUCAUAUUUCCGGAUUCAACAUCAACGGUUAUUUUAACACAUAAUUCUACAAAUACUAUUCAAAAAACGAUUAAUCGUCUAUUUGCUAAACGUGGACUUACAUGGUAUCGAACUGAAUUAUAUUCUAUUGAUCAACAAUCUAUUGAUAUUCAAGAACCCUUAUCAACAUUAUCUGGAAAAGAAAUUUAUGUUGAAACUCGUAUAUUAAUACGUAUUGAUUUUCCAACAAAAACUUUAUGUGUACGAUGUAAUCCAAAACGAACACUUUUACAAAUUUUACAACCAGUUGUUGAAAAAUUAAAUUAUUCUAUUGGACAUUUUGUUUUUUAUGCUAAUAAUUCGUUAAUGCCACUUAAUUUAAAUGAAAUUGUUGAAUGUUAUGAUAAUCAAAGAAUAUUUACUUUAAUAAGAACAGCAUCGGGUGUUGAGAUGUCAACUAGACAAAAGGUAAGAACAGCAAAUGAUAUAUUUGAAAUGAUAUCAGAAAACGAUGAAGAUAUUAAAUUUGAUGAAUGUGGAAUAUUACAAGUAGUUACACAAUCAAAAUCAACAUCUGUUGAUGAUUAUCUUUUUUUUUCAACACCUGAAACAUCUUUAACUCAAUCGGAAAAAGAUCAAAUCUAUUGUGGUCCUAGACGGUGA